UUUCAUUAUAAGAGAGCAUCAUCCCAUUGCUCUGAAAAGAAUUAAAGCAUUUACAUCUUGAGGCAAAAAAAAUGUUUUAAAACACAACUCUGGAAAUCAACACUUGAACUUGGAAUCUUGUAACGUGAGGAACUGCACUGGGGAAAAGAAGAAACAGCUAACAAAUGGGAAAUUAUAAAUCUCGACCAACCCAAACUUGCACUGAUGAAUGGAAAAAAAAGGUCAGCGAAUCUUAUGUUGUUAUAAUAGAAAGAUUAGAAGAUGACCUGCGGAUCAAAGAAAAAGAAUUUACAGAAUUAAGGCACAUAUUUGGCUCUGAUGAUGCCUUCAGUAAAGUUAAUUUAAAUUAUCGCACAGAAAAUGGACUGUCUCUGCUUCAUUUAUGUUGCAUUUGUGGAGGCAACAAGUCUCAUAUUAGAACCCUUAUGUUAAAAGGGCUCCGCCCAUCUCGACUGACAAGAAAUGGAUUUACAGCCUUGCAUUUGGCAGUUUACAAGGAUAGUGCAGAAUUGAUCACUUCCCUGCUUCACAGUGGAGCUGACAUACAGCAGGUUGGGUAUGGCGGUCUCACUGCUCUGCAUAUUGCUACAAUAGCUGGUCACCUGGAGAUAACCCGCCUCCUUUUGAAAUUUGGUGCUGAUGUAAAUGUAAGUGGUGAAGUUGGAGAUCGGCCCCUGCACCUAGCAGCUGCAAAAGGAUUCUUUAAUAUUGCAAAACUCUUAAUGGAAGAAGGCAGCAAAGCAGAUGUGAAUGCUCAGGACAAUGAAGACCACGUCCCACUUCAUUUCUGCUCUCGCUUUGGACACCAUGAUAUAGUGAAGUUCCUGCUCCAGAGUGAUUCAGAAGUCCAGCCUCACGUUGUUAAUAUCUAUGGAGACACCCCUUUGCACCUGGCAUGCUACAAUGGCAAAUUUGAAGUCGCCAAGGAAAUCAUCCAAAUAUCAGGAACAGAAAGCCUGACUAAGGAAAACAUCUUCAGUGAGACAGCUUUUCACAGUGCUUGUACCUAUGGCAAGAACAUUGACCUGGUUAAAUUUCUUCUUGAUCAAAAUGUUGUAAGCAUCAACCACCAAGGAAGAGAUGGGCACACAGGAUUGCACUCUGCUUGCUACCAUGGUCACAUUCGCCUCGUUCAGUUCUUACUGGAUAAUGGAGCUGAUAUGAAUCUAGUAGCCUGUGAUCCCAGCAGGUCUAGUGGUGAAAAAGAUGAGCAGACAUGUUUGAUGUGGGCUUAUGAAAAAGAGAAGGCAGAUGUUCUCCUCCUAAGGGCUGGAUUACCUUCACAUUUCCAUCUUCAACUCUCAGAAAUUGAGUUCCAUGAGAUUAUCGGCUCAGGUUCUUUUGGGAAAGUGUAUAAAGGACGAUGCAGAAAUAAAAUAGUGGCAAUAAAGCGGUAUCGCGCCAACACCUACUGCUCCAAGUCAGAUGUGGAUAUGUUUUGCCGAGAAGUGUCCAUUCUCUGCCGGCUCAAUCAUCCCUGUGUCAUUCAGUUUGUGGGAGCUUGUUUGAAUGAUCCCAGCCAGUUUGCCAUCGUCACUCAGUACAUAUCAGGGGGUUCUCUAUUCUCCCUCCUUCAUGAACAGAAGAGGAUUCUUGAUUUGCAGUCUAAAUUAGUUAUUGCAGUAGAUGUUGCCAAAGGUAUGGAAUACCUUCACAACCUGACACAGCCAAUUAUCCAUCGUGACUUGAACAGUCACAAUAUUCUUCUCUAUGAAGACGGGCAUGCUGUGGUGGCAGAUUUUGGAGAAUCAAGAUUUCUACAGUCUCUGGAUGAAGACAACAUGACAAAACAACCUGGGAAUCUCCGCUGGAUGGCUCCUGAGGUCUUCACACAGUGCACACGCUACACUAUCAAAGCUGAUGUCUUCAGCUACGCUCUGUGUCUGUGGGAACUUCUCACCGGCGAAAUUCCAUUUGCUCAUCUCAAGCCAGCGGCAGCAGCGGCAGACAUGGCUUACCACCACAUCAGACCUCCCAUUGGCUAUUCGAUUCCCAAGCCCAUCUCAUCUCUGCUGAUGCGAGGGUGGAAUGCAUGUCCUGAAGGAAGACCUGAAUUUUCUGAAGUUGUUACCAAGUUAGAAGAGUGCCUCUGCAAUAUUGAGCUGAUGUCUCCUGCAUCGAGUAACAGCAGCGGGUCUCUCUCUCCUUCCUCUUCUUCUGAUUGUCUGGUGAGCAAAGGAGGACCUGGCCGGAGCCAUGUGGCAGCUUUAAGGAGUCGUUUUGAAUUGGAAUAUGCUCUAAACGCAAGGUCUUAUGCCGCCUGGUCCCAAAGUGCUGGACAGUGUUCCUCUCAGGGCCUGUCUUUGGAGGAGAUGAAGAGAAACCUUCAGUUCUCACCUGUUGACAAAUAUGGCUACGUGUCCGAUCCCAUGAGCCCGAUGCAUUUGUAUUCUUGCCGGAAUAGUGGCAGCUUUGAGGACAGCAGCUGACAACAUUCUGCAUAGACCUAAGGAGAGUGUUUCCCCCAGACAGACACAGCAGUUUCAACCAUUGCAGACUUGCUUCCAAAUAGAAUAUUUUACCCUCUAAAAUCUCCUUAAAUUUGCUUGUUUACACCAGUCCUAUUUAAUUCCCUAGCACAAGUUGGGCUUUGGAUCCGUAGCCAAGGAAUGAAAUGCAAAAGAACCAAGACAGAAUGUACUUGAAGAAUUGGUUUUAAUUUUGCAAGUGAAAAACAAAUGUAUGUUGUUACUUGGAGAUGGGGCCUAAAUCUGUGGUGGGCACAAUUAUGUUUUCCUAGACUGAAUUAUGUAGACUUGUGUUUGAGAGGCAUGGGUUUGAUUUCUUAGAAUAUUGUUUUAUUUUCUUAUCUCAUUAUGUUACUUUUAGUGUGUCCAGUUUGGUGAUUAAAGAUUCUUUGGU